AUGAAGGCGAUCGCAGUGCAUGGUAGGGGCAUUUUAGUCAUCCUAGUGAAUCUGAUAGUGACAUUGCGCAGAAGGAAAGAUGAUGCUGAUGACUGGACUAAGGGCUGGCAAUGCGUUCCACGUGGUGUGGUGACUGGGAUGAUGACAAGGCGUGCCAUGUUACUUGGACAAGAGGUUGACAUGGCGUGCCACGCCUUCGACUCUGAUGAUGACUGGACCUCUCAGAUUACAUGGCGUUCCGAGUGGCCCUGGGAUGAUAACUGGGAUCAUGGGCUGACAUGGCACGCUUCGUGUUCCUCUGGAUCUUUUCCCUCCCAAAUUCCUCUUCGCCUACUUCUUCGCCCAUGUAGAGAGACAGGAGUGGGAGAAAUGACUCCAGAAAGUCUAUUGAAGCUUCGAACGGAAAGGUGCACUGUCGGUUGUCCCGUACUGGAUCGUUUUCUUGCCGGCGGCAUCUCCUGCAACUCCUUGACGGAACUAGUGGCUGAAAGCGGUUGCGGGAAGACCCAAUUUUGUCUCCAACUCGUCCUCUCUGCUCAAUUACCACCCUCUCAUGGCGGCUUAUCAGCUUCAUCCCUAUACAUCCACACCGAAUUCCCUUUCCCCUUUCGUCGUCUUCGACAGCUAUCCACCUCUUUCGUAUCCUCACACUCGGAUAUUUUCACAUCUUCCAACAGCUACGAUCCUUGUGACAAAGUGUUCGUGCAGGAUGUUUAUUGUGCGGAUGAGAUGCUCGAUAUAAUGCCCAAGAUAGAGUUAUUCCUCCAGGUGAACUCAAAAUCGCAGUUUCCUGUUAGGCUCAUAGUGAUCGAUUCCAUUGCUGCUCUGUUUCGAUCCGAAUUCGAGAACACAGGUUUCGAUCUGAAGCGCAGGUCGUCGCUAUUUUUCAAGAUUUCUGGGAAUCUGAAGUCAUUGGCGAGUAGAUUUGGAUUGGCGGUGGUGUUGACAAACCAGGUGGUUGAUUUGAUUAGCGGAGCUGCAGAGGGUGUGAAUGGGAUUAGGGUUGGGAAUUUGAGUAGUUUGAGUUCAUCGGGGAGGAGGGUUUGUGCUGCGUUAGGGAUUGCGUGGGCUAACUGCGUGAACUCGAGGCUGUUCAUGUCGAGGAAUGAGGAGGUAGUGGUAGGAAGAAGCAGCUUGGCUGAUGAGGAAGGUGGGGCUUAUCAACAGAGCAAAUCGAGGAGGAGGCUCAGUGUUGUAUUUGCUCCACAUCUGCCUGAAUCCUCCUGCGAAUUCGUUAUCACAAGAGAAGGUGUUUUCGGGGUAGAGAUGUAAGGUACAUAAAUACUUGAAGAAUAGAGUGAGAGACGUUGUGACACAUUUUUUUGGGUGACUCUCCAUUUUGAAUUUCUGGGUCUGAUGUUCGAGUUAUUAUGUUCUUAUUUAUCGUAACGUGUGUGAUAUAAGCUUGUUUAGUUGAUGAACACUCUCGUUUCUUGUAGUUGUACGAAGUUUCCAUAAUUCUGUAAUAUCAUCGUAUGUUUUGACUUUAAUCCUCACUGCCACUGCCAAACUAAACACCACCCCCCCCCCCAAAAGAAAUCACAGUUUUUUUCAUGCCUACAAUAUUAAUAUGCUAUUUUGACUUCCAUCGGAUUAACGUUCGUCCCAAUCCACAUUCUCAAUCUUGGUUGCAGUUGCCGCACGUAUUUUCCUAUCAGAAAUUAACUGACCUCAUACCUUGAUGUAAUUUAAUUUUCGUCUACACCGCC